CAAAGAAAUUAUUAAUUUGGCUCACGAAUAAAAAUGCCGCAACAGAGACGAAAAGUUGCUUUUAGCGGCAAAAAGAAGAAGGAUCAGAUACUACAAAAACGUUCUUCAAAAGGUCAACCUAAGUACUUACGCAGUACUCAAGAAUCAAACGAAGACAGCGAUGCACCAGAGAGAAUAGUUGAUAAGAAGCUAAUGGAGCAGCCUUUAACACGCGGUCGAAACAAGAAUGUAAACCGUUACAAUCUUCAAUUUAUACAAGAAAGCAAAAAGGAAAUAGAGCUAAUGAAACAGGAGGGCUUUCGUCCACUGGAUAUCCUAACGCCAACUCAAAGGGAGAUCGAUGAGCGCUAUUUUGAGGCAUAUGAUUUUCCAGUUCGUCCGCCUUGGACAUUUGAUCAAAGCAAAGAGCAAUUGGAGCGCAAUGAAAAUAGAUAUUUCAAGGAGUAUGUUGACGAAUUACUACAAACAAAGCGCAACAAUCUCAAGGAGCAUUCGCUUUUCGAGUUAAACUUGGAAACGUGGCGUCAGCUUUGGCGUGUGCUUGAGUUCUCGGAUAUUUUACUAAUCAUUGUGGACGUUCGUUAUGCGUCACUGAUGUUCCCACCAUCUUUGUAUGAUUAUAUUAUUCACACGAUAAAGAAACAAGCUAUUGUCAUCUUUAAUAAAGUGGAUCUAGUCGCAGCUGAGGCUGUCGUUGCCUGGCGACACUAUUUCAAUGAGCGAUACCCAGAGCUUCCGGUUGUGCUUUUCGCAUCGUAUUCAAUGCGUAGCCAAAAAGGCACUCAACGUAGUCGCUUCCAACGUGCUCAUCGGCAAAGUAUGGAGGGAGUGCAUAAUAUCUAUCGCGAGUGUCAAAAAAUUGUUGAAAACGAUGUAGAUCUCUCAGCAUGGCUGCAAAAGAUUCGUGAUGAUAUGUGCACCGACGAGUUGGACGAUGACGAAGCAACCACAAAUAACCAAGGCGAAUCGAGAAUUAGUAAUGUCACCGAAACUACACCGCAUCAGCAUGUGAAAUACAACAGCGGCGUUUUGACCAUUGGAUGCAUCGGCUUUCCAAAUGUGGGAAAAUCAUCACUAAUCAAUGCCCUAAAAGGGCGUAAAGUUGUCAGUGUUAGCCGUACACCAGGUCACACCAAACAUUUCCAAACCAUAUUCCUGGUACCAAACGUACGUGUGUGCGACUGUCCAGGCCUUGUCUUUCCUUCUAGCACGCCAAAGAGCUUGCAAGUGCUGCUUGGCAGCUUUCCCAUCUCCCAGCUGCAAGUGCCUUAUCGUUCGCUCAAAUUGCUGGCUGAGCACGUAAAUCUACCACAGCGCUUGCGCUUGCAUCUGCCAGAAGAAUAUGACGAGUGGUCGGCUAUUGCUAUCGCAGAUGCCUGGGCGUAUAAACGAGGAUUUCUAACCGCCAAGGCAGCUCGCCCUGAUCGUUAUCGUGCCGCUAAUCACAUUUUACGUCUGUGUCUAUCCGGACAGCAGCAGUUAAUAUUUCAGCUUUAUCCACCUGGCUAUGUUGAUAACCGGAAAAGCUGGAGUGAACAUCCUGAUUUGGCCGAAGUUAAAAAAUAUCAAGUUCAUAAUUAUGAGCCUGACGGCGAAACUAAUGAAGAUACGUCUUCCAUCUGCUCGGACAGCGAAGAUAGCUAUGACGAAAAUAGCUCUAACGACGAAACCAACGCAGAUGAUGAUGAAUCCGAUGAUCAGGUACUACGUUCACGCAACGCAUUUCGUCUACUUGACGAUAAUUAGGCUUAAGCUAUAAUAAUUUCUGAAAUAUUUAUUUUAUAAAAUUUUUGAUAUAGACACAAAUAUAUUUCGGUAACAUAAGUUGAUUGAAUAAUUUCAAAUCAAUAGUAUAA